UGUUACCGCUAACUCACUGAAAGUUUGAAUGAAUUAAAAUUUAGCUAAAUGACUAGACGAAUUUGAGGACGGGAGAUAAUGUUCAGAGUUUUUUUUCCAGCGUUUGUUUUAAACACAUCAGCGCGUGGCCUCUGUUUGUGUUACACAACCGCUUGUGUAACGCGGACGUUUGUUGUUUGGUAACAUUGGCUAGUGUCUGCUACACUGAAGUGGAGCUAGCUUAGCUGUGUAGCUUUUUAGUCGCGUUAGCACUAUUUAAGUAGCAGGUUCGUCGCUGUGGUGGGUUCAAAUAGUGUGUUUCGAGAUGUUUUCCAAAGUGAGGAUGUGUGUAGUCUCGGGGUUGACCAGAUUGCCCACUUAUGUUAAUUCAACGACGGCAAUAAAAGCGACACCUGCCCUGUGCAGACAUCAGCACCGGACCUUUAGCUCUGAAUCUGCAGGUGUCAAGGUGCUGUAUGAUGGGCUUUGUCCCAUAUGUGUGACGGAGAUCCGGUUCCUCCAGUUUCUGCAGAGGAACCGACCUGAGAAAGUAGAUUUUAUUGAUAUCGCCCUGCCAGGCUACGACGGAGAGAAAUACAAGGAUAUCAGCUACGAGAUGGCCAUGGAGCAAAUGCACGUGAUUGAUGAGAAAGGCGAGGUUCAUAGUGGGAUCCCAGCGUUUGCAGUCAUGUACGGUGCAGUGGGCCUCGGCUGGGUGGGUCGCCUCAUGAUGUGGAAACCUGUGAGACCCUUCAUGGACAAGUCCUAUGCCAUCUUUGCCAAGAACCGCCUAAAGUGGACCGGGCGUGGGGAGGAGUGCAUCACAGGGCGCUGUGAAAAGAAAACAAGCUGAAAAAAUAAAGUAUGUGGAUUAAAUUAAUUGAUCGUGAAGACGAACAGAAUAAAAAAAACACGUUUUACCUGUUAAAAUAUCAGUUUAUUAUGAACCUGGUCUGGUUUAAAGACUGUUCUUAGUUUAAGGGAAAUAUUGGCUGCCUUAUUAUAAAUGUGUAUGUUUUGAAAUUAUUUGAUGGGUUAUAUAUAUUUUUACUUUAAGUUUGUUAAAAACACCUCAAUGAUAUGAGUUUAAGAGACAAAUUAGCGUAAGCAAUUAAAAAAAGUUUAAAAACAGCUCCCUCUGUCUAGUAACACCAUUUUCACAGAGAUUUACUUAUUGGGAUCAAUAACUGGUGCUUGUAUUCUCUUCAUCUGCAACUAUGAGCUUUGUAACUCCAGCCCGAACAAAUAUGAUGCAGCAGAGGAAAAAACUUUACUGGAAAAGACAGAGUAAUGGUGCUCUGUAUACCAGACUGUCACACAAUGACAAAUAUACAGAACUGAGAAAAUCGCUGAAGCAAAAUACAGGCAAUUUCCUGUCGCACACAGCGUCUGAGAUUGAGGCUCAUUCAAUACAGAUAGAGAAUCAAACUGUCAGGAAGCUGCCACUAGAUGUCAUCGUAAGUCCAAACUAAUAUCAUCCUUGAGAGUGAAAUUGCUCCAAAAGACUUGUGUUAUAUGGCAGGUGUGAUUAUUUGCCAGAUCAUGAUUUAACCUGUUCAUUCAAAGUUGCCUUGUAACAGAUAUUAAGCAGGAAUUUUGUGUGAAAUCAAUAUUCAGUGUUUUUCACAAUAAAGGGAACUCAAACACCAAAA